AUGGGAUUUUUUGAUUUUGGUAGAUCAGAGGGCUUUCCUUCGCAAUAUUAUUCUGAUAUAAAGCCAGUAUUAUUUGAUGUAGUAGAAAUCCUUUUCGUUACAGUUUUUCUUCUUAUAUUAAUAGCAUUUGCUUGUAUUAUCCCAGGCUAUAGCAAAAAGCGCAGUAUUUAUGUUACCAUAAAAAUCAGCUUUAGUUUAAUGAUUGGAUGUUUCUUGAUUUUGGAAAACUUUGGUCAGGAAUGGGAAAUUGGUAGCGUAAAAACUAUUGUACCUUAUAAAGCUGGAAGUAGCGCAUCAAUAGAUUCAGUAAUUGGUGUAAAAAUAGGUCUGAGGUCAGUUAAUAUUACUUUGAAAGGCAAAGGAAAAAAUGGAGCGCUACAAAAUGAAAUUAUUAAUUACAAUGAAAGAUUUCCAUGGACAUGGGAUCAGGGCAGAUUUGGAUUUGGACCUUAUAGUGGUUUACUACAAAGAAGUUUACGAAGUGCUCAAAGAAAAGGUUUACCUAUUCCAAUUUUAUGGGUUGCUGAAUAUUUUGUUAUUGAUGGGGAAGGUAUACGAUUUGGUAGAUUUUAUCGAACUGCUGGAUGGUACUGUCAUAUCUUAUUAUGGGCUGCAUUUAGUUGUUGGAUAGUGUCAAAUAUAAUGUUGCAAUCUGUAACCCGAUAUGCAGCUUACUUAAUUGGAAUAGUUGGUGGACUACAAAUAUUAACUUGUGUCUUAUGGUGCGCUAUACGCAAUGAAACCCCACUUGUUAUACCUUUCGAAAGUGGAACUCUAACAUUGAAUUUUGGUCUACAUUUUUGGAUGUCUUUUACAUGUGGUAUUUUUUGUAUUAUCCUGGCUUUAGUAAUUAUAUUCAUGGAUUUACGAUAUCCAGACAAUCUAUCUGAAUUUCUUGGAAUUGAUCCAUUAGAUCAAUACGAUGAAUGUUUACUAAGCCCAGAUGAAAUAAAAACUAUAGCACGAAAUAAAAAAAUGCCAGAUGAUACAAUGGAGAUGACUUCUAGAUCAGAUGCUAACUCAUCAACGCAAAAUAGAGGCAUGAUGCUAAUGAAGAGACGUUCAAGUUUAAAGUACGUUCAAAAAGAUCGUUUUCGCAAACAAGUUCCAGUAAAAUUUGAAGAAUAUGAAAAUGUAGCAUUUUAUGAAAAUCUAUAG